UUUGUAAGAGAGACUGAAAGAGGGCGUUAUCGUCAAAUGUGAAGUUUUAAGUGUUUAAUGUAACGAUUGCAACCGCUUAAGAUUUCGUGAAGAAGAAUCAAAGGGUCCAGUACUCACUCCAGUGCAUUUUUAGGGUUUAAGCUGUGGUGAAGGAAACACGAAAAAGAAAAGGACAACAUUCAAAAAAGGUUUUAGAGAGAGAGAGAGAAAGAAUUGUAGCCGGCAGCACUGCAAAAAUGGACAAGAACAUGCUAGGAGACCUCGACAAUCUUCCCGAAGAAGAUAAGAUGAAAAUGGCCGCCAUGAUCGACCAGCUCCAGAUUCGCGACAGUCUAAGGAUGUACAAUUCUCUGGUGGAGAGAUGCUUCACAGACUGCGUUGACUCCUUCCGACGUAAAACUCUUGACAAACAGGAGGAGACAUGUGUCCGGAGGUGCGCUGAGAAAUUCCUGAAGCACUCUAUGCGUGUGGGUCUGAGAUUUGCAGAGCUUAACCAGGGCGCUCCUACCCAAGAUUAAUCAUAUGCGCUUGUGCAUAACUGAUACCAAGUCCAUAGCAUUGAUUGUUUUUAGUAUCUUCCAGCAUUAGUGGGAAUUUUGCCUUUGUUUGACCUCUGAUAAGCUGGAUUGUUCCUCAUUUAUCGAGGAUGAUGAUACAUCUAAGUAUGCAGGUCAAAUGCAAUUUUGGGGUAUUUUCAUACUGACGAUAGGAUGACUUGAUUCAGAAACUGUGAUUACAGCUGAAGUUUUAGCCUUUUAAAGCUUAAAAAAAUCUCUGCUUAUAUUUGUAGACAUAUCUUUCUCCUAAAAUCACUGUAGGUCUCUGGGCAUAAAUUGCAUUGUGAUGGUUAUCGAUCUAUAUGAGCCCCCUACGACCAUGUGUUCUUAUU